GUAAAGCAUUGCUCCCAACGGUGCGUGACGUAAUGUGGGUAUUGUGCAGUCCCUGGCAGGUUCUACGCUGGAAUAGGGGAUCGAGACACAACUAAAGUGCCAGGCAAGAUUGCAGGAUUUAUAUGAUGUCUGCUCGUGCAGUUGACAUGGAUGAUGAAGAUGGACGUUGUCUGUUAGACGUAAUUUGUGACCCUCAGGCUCUGAAUGACUUCUUGCAUGGUUCAGACCAGCUCGAUGGCGACGAUCUCCUUGAUACGACAGCUGAUCCUGCCAGCGCCUUCUUCACUGAUGCAUCUCUUAAUGUACAGGAUACGACUGUUAAUCAUUUGAACAGCGGGCAGACUCAGAAUUCCUCCAGCGCAGUCGAUCUCGAUUUCCUGGAAGAUGAUAUCCUUGGGCCAUCUCCUGGUUCCAACUUGCAGAAUUCUGACCAGCCGUGUGAUAUCUUGCAGCAGAGCUUGCAAGAGGCUAACAUCACAGAGCAGUCUUUAGAAGAGGAUGCUGAUCUAGACAUUGCCUCGCUCCAUUUCCCUUCCUUGCAGCCGGUAUCACAGGCAGCUGAUGCCUCCCAGCUUUUCUCAACUAGCACUGAUCUGAUUGGUUUGCAGCAGCAGCCCACAGUCCUUGCCCAGCAGACUCUGAUCCAGCAACAGACCAUAGGCGGCCAAGUUGUGAACAAGGCCAUCAACGUACAGCCCUUUUUGCAGCAAGUCGGACUCGGCAAUGUGACCUUGCAGCCCGUCUCGAAUCUCCAGGGGCUGCCAAACGGAAGCCCGUCCGGGGCAUUGGGCAUCGGGCAGAUCCAAGUGGUUGGGCAGUUGUCAAACCAGUCAGUCAUGACCAUCAACCAGCCGGCACAGCAGAUCAUCACAAAGGCUGGGCAGCCUACCCAGGUGACCACCGUGCCGGUCGGGAGCUAUAUAUCUUCGCCGGCCUCGGACCAGCAGCAAGUGGCCUUGAACUCUGCUGGGGUCUCGCCGCCCAACGCUGGACUCGUGCUCCAGAAGAGUGCCCCUCCUGGAGCAUUGAAUGGAAACUCUCUCUUUGCUGGUACAUCCAUCGCUCAGGCAAAUCAGGCGCUGACGGUCAGGCCCACCAUGAGCAAUCCCAUGACGCAGGCUCCACUCUCAGCCCAAAACGUCAUCAUUCAGAGGACCCCGACUCCAAUCCAGCCAAAGCCAACGGGAGGAGUCAUCCAGCACAAACUCUUUCAGAUUAGCUCGAAGCCGUUUGCUUCCACCAAUACUGCACUGACCAUCCAGAAUGAAACUUCACUGCAGCAGCAACAGCAACAGCAGCAGCAGCAGCAACAGCAGCAACAACAAAAGGCCCAACAGAAUGUGACUUUCAUGGCAGGGAAGCCUGUGCAGAAUGUGGUUUUCUCUGCCUCCGGGACUGGGUUCCCCCAGACUAUCUCCUCCAAUGUUUUCAAGCAGCAUCAGGCGCAGCAGCAAGCCUUGGGCAAAUCCCUGAGUCUGCACCUGCAAGGUGGCAGCAUUGUCAUUCAGCCUCAGCAUAUGCAGCAGGCUAUGCUUCAGAGUCAGAACCAGUUCCUCCUGCAAGGCCAACUGUCUGGUGCCUCAGCUGUCCCUCUUUCCCAACAGCUCUCUGCCUUGCAGGCAAAUGUGGGCGGGCAGAUACUGACUGCCCAGUCUGCUGGUGGUCAGGCGCCCGCGACCCACAUCAUUGCUAGCCAGGGUCCGGCCGGUCAGCUGAUCGCCAACCAGACCUUGCCGGCUCAGAUCUUGACCAACCAGAACAUCGCCGGACAGCUGAACUUGAGCCAGGUAAUAGCAGCCCAGAAUGCUCACGGAGCAACCCAUAUCUUGUCUGCUCCCAUCCAGCUGCAGCCUGGCCCCGUGGGUCAGUCUGCAGUCUUCCAGAUGCCAGUGUCUUUAGCGAAUAGUCUGAACCCUCAGACAUCAGCACCUGUCCAGGCAACCCUGGCCGGUGGGGCCGUCAACCAGCAGAGCCAGUCGGCUGUCGUACAGGGAGUGACACUGCCCAACCAGGUCACCAUGCUGAACAGUGGAGAGAGUCUCGGACAGUCAGUGAGCAUCCAACAGCCGGCCAGCAACGCCCAGGGCUCCAGCGUCAUCCAGCAGCAAGCGGGACCUGGCCCUGGGUUAAUGGCUCUUGGGAAUGGGCAGCCCUCGUUGCUGACUGUCCAGACUGCCAUAGCAUCUCCAGCUCAGCCAUCGCAACAGCAGCAAUCCGUCCAGGCGCAGUUAGCCUCAGCCCCUCAGUCCAGCAGCAGCAGUAUGGUGCAAACCCCUGGGAAAAUUAUUAUCAGCCAGCAAGGAUCUGCGGGAGUCAUCAGCCAAGAUGCAGCUGACAUGUUCUUCCAACAGCAGGAACAGAAACAGCAGCAGCUUUACCAGGCGGCUCUGAAACUCCAACAGGAAAAAGGCCUGAACCAGCCGUCCCCUCACAGCUUAGCACCGACUGCCACCACGAGCAGCGUCCCUGCCUCGGUUAUCGUCAGCAGUAGCAUGGGGCUGGCACCGGCCACGCCUGCGGGACACGCGGACUCCAAAGGACAAACAGUGUUGCCCUCGCUGCCGAACACUCCGUUCCAGCAGAUACGGGCUGGACAGCAGAUGGCCACGGGACAGCAAAAGACAACCUUGCAGCAGCUCCCGGUUACUUCACAGUCACCUCUACCUCAAACGCCACAGAAUGACGGCCAGCUCCAUCUACAGAUGCAGUCGCCACACCAAAUGCAGUCUCCCCAUCAGAUGCAAUCACCGCACCAGUCACGUCCACCCUCACAGCCUCAGCCUUUGUCGAGACCUCCCUCCCGCCCUCAGUCACGUCCGUCCUCUCAGCCCCAGGUGCUGUCCAGGCCACCGUCGGAGCCCCUUUCCCGCUCUUGCACGCCAUCCCAGCUGCCCCUUCAGCCUCUGUAUGUGAUUCAGACCCAGGUCCAGUCAUCCCCGCACGGUGCCCCCCAGGGGCAGCACCCGAUGAGGCCUCCGUCACAGCCUCAUGUGCAGGUUCAGUUCCAGAACCCCUCUCAGCCUGAACCCCAGCCCCAGUCUCAAGCCCAGCUGACAUCUCCCACCCAGAUACACCUUCAGGUCCAGCCCACCCCUCAGGUCCAGAGCCAGGCCGAGGUGCAGACCCCAUCCCACCUCUUGCACCCGUCCACAGCUCCGAGCCAAGUCCCGAGCGAGCAUCAUCCAACACAGUCUCAGUCACAGCACGUCCAGCUCCAGCUGCACUGCCAGUCCCAAGCCCAGGCCCCUCUGCAGCCCGUCUAUCAGACGCUGCAUCUCACAACGGAGCAGCAGAACCGGUUCCAGAUGGUUACGAGCCAACUUCAAUCCAUGUCUUCGAUUCCCAACCCCACCGACCAGCAUAAACACAUCAUGGAGAAGCUGCAGCAGAUGCAGCAUAACAUAAUUCUACAAGCCAAACAGUCUGCAGCGAACCAGACUGUGAGUGGGCUUGGCCCACUGAGCAAUCAGGCACCCACCAUGCUAAUCAGUAGCCAGGUGCAGUCUCCCAGUGUGCCAGCUCAGGUACAUACCACCUCAGCCAGUAUGAAAUCCCAGCCUCAUGGGGGAGGUCAAGCAGCCCUAGCAACACUGCUUCAACAGACAUCCGUCCUUGUGAAGACAUCUUCAGCAGGUACCACGACCACAACAAGGUCUCCAGACAGCAAAGUCAUCUCGGGGGGAGUACCUGGAGGCACCUGCCACAUCCAGCAGGGAGCAGCGGUCCCUAUACAGAUGAAACCUCUUGCACAGCACCAGAUUCAACCAGCCCUGCAGACUAAACCUGGAGUAAUCAGUUCAAUUUCUGGUCUGAAUAUGAACUUGACCAAAGGACCUAUCCAAAUCCAGCUUCUUGGUAAAGGACUAACACAGUUAAUGCCAGCGACCUCUGUCCCAGCACAUCAGAUGGAUAAUAAAUUGGGAGGAUCGAAGGUGCCAGUGUCCCUGAAACCAACAAAGGAAGCUGUAAUUAAUUGUACAGAAACCAACUAUACUCUGCUGGGAUGUCAGAGGGUAUUCUUACAUUCGUUAAGACUUUACAUAUCUAGAUCUAAUCUCCCUUCCCAUGCCAGUUGUUUUAAGAAUAUAUAUUUAAUAAUUGAAAUCUGUAGCACUAAAUGUUCCUCUGUUUCAGUGGAUGAAGAAUUUGAGGCUGUAUCGACGCAGUUAUUAAAACGUACCCAGGCCAUGCUGAGCAAAUACCGAAUGCUGCUGUUCGAGGAGGCCAGGAGAUUGAGUCCAUCAGCUGAGAUGGUGAUGAUUGACAGGAUGUUUAUCCAGGAAGAGAAAACCUCCCUAACCACCGACAAGCAGCUGGCAAAAGAGAAACCUGAUGAAUAUGUGGCAUCUUCCUCCAGAUCCCAUAGCCUGGCUACCUCUUCUCCAUCCCCCUCCUGUAACACUUCAGCUGCUUCACUGGAAACCCCUCGGGCUCCCGCUACUCAAACAGCCACACAGAUCCACCCGACAAAGUUGGUCAUCAAGCACUCUGGAGCCUCGCCUUCCGUCUCGUGGGCCAAGGACGGUGACGACGAGACUCUUCACACCCGAAGUCGGCCACCUCCGAUGAAGACGUACGAGGCUCGAAGCAGGAUCGGCCUGAAGCUUAAGAUCAAGCAGGAGGCAGGGCUCAGUAAGGUGGUUCACAACACUGCCCUUGACCCCGUCCAUCAGUCUGUCAGCACAAGCUCAGUCAUCAAAAGCACCGAAUGUUUGGUGGCAACCAGUGUCAGCCAGAUGAACGGGACUCUCGAACACGCGACGCCACCCCCAGCUGAGAACAAGCCACCUCGCAGUGCCAACUAUUGUAAGCUGCCACCGCGCAAGACGUAUCGGGAGAACGUGCAGUCACUAUCAGCUGAUCGAACUGCUGGGACCCCAUCUCAGGGUGGGACUGUUAGGGAGGACAGCAGGAGAGAAACUGUGUCCAAGUGUGAGGAAUCUUCCAAAAGUGUCAUAGCCACUUGCAAAUCUGCAGAGAGUCCAAAGGUGAGAACUGCAAGAGGCAGACCUGAGGAGAGCGCAGUGGUCUCGAGUCUCAGUAGGAAGGCUCGAACACAUACACACCACCUGCCUCCCAAAUCGGAGGAGCCUCCUGGAGGAAGAGCCGAGGAUGGCACUGGGGGACUCAUGAAGGAACUGUCGGACGUUGAGGACGAGUUAAUCAUCAAAGCAGACCCUCCGGACGGGCCCUGGGAACUGGCACUCCCACCUGCCAAGCGGAGUAAGUCCGAGUCGUUCGACAUGGACAAUGCCAGUUUCUCCAGUGACAGCCCUCAGGAUGACACGCUCAAUGAGCAUUUGCAGAGUGCUAUUGACAGUAUCCUGAACUUGAGGCAACCGCAGUCCGUGUCAGUCACUCAAAACCCAGUGUCGUCUCCGUACAAUUCCUCAGAAAUGAACUCUUCGCCCUUUUCCCCCACUCCCCACUCAGACAGCUAUCUUGCACCCAAUCACAACGGAGGCCUUGGAGCUAGAACUUACACUAGAUGACUCAGUCUGUUCAACUCGUAUUUUUCCCAACAUUGGUACGAUGUCUGUGCUGUGGAACCACAACACAGCUCAUUAAAGAGAGAGUAUCCCUUUAUGUGAACCUACCGUUGUGGUAUUUUGUAAGCAUUGCAUCCAAAACAAAAAAAGAUCUUUCUCAAUGCAUUCUUGAGGCUUUUAACAUUAGUUAAAGAUGCAGUGAUAACCGUCCAGUGUAACCUGUGAUGAGAUUGCCGACUCUCACAGAGCUUGUACCUGUUUAUUGUUUAGCAGGUUGCUUGGAAGGGCCAGAGGCCGGGAGAAGGCACAACACAGUUUGCCUUUUGGGGGCCCUGUGUCCUUGCUUGAGUUCAGAGUUCAAGGGUGCAGCAACCUAAAGGUGUGAUUCAUAAGAGUUGGUUUGUGAUGAUAAAUUCAAAGGCUAACUAGAUGAUUGACCAAUGUACCUUAACCAAAAAAAAAAACAAAUCCACAUACAUAUGGUUUUCUCAGUCUUCCUUGGAGUGUGCACAAUCGUUCUGAUUGUGGGAACAUUCAUCAACACGUAAUGGAGUCAAAAGUGCCAGUACUUGUGUGAAAUGGUUUCUCCUCCUUCCUAUGGGACCUUGUAUUUUCUCCUGUCUCCACCCUGGGAGGUAGACUUGGGAUGUGGCUUUCUGGUUUUCUCCUUGCCGCCAAAUGUCAUGUUGGCCCUUGUUAUCAGCUGAUGGUCAAAGCUGUGUUAACACGCUGAUCUCUGUGAAUAGCGGGAGGGGACCUAUGUAGCAUUGAUACAUACUGCAACCAUAUUUGAGCCACAAUCCAAGAUCCCAUGUCCCCUCUCUACACAGUCUGAGCUGUAAUCUCUCAUUUAUAUGUAGCAUCAUUCCCUUCAGUGCCAGCCUUGCCUAAGUUCUCAACUCCUUCGUAAAUGCCCCCUUCCUCCCCUCAGCCACUGAAAUAACUACAGGCCUUGGCAGUAGGAUGGUUUGGUGAAACCCCCUUUGGUAUUGCAGUUGGUCACUGAAUAGUGCAGGACCAACCUACCCAUGACUUUUCCAGAGUGUUUGAGUGUGUGGCCCCUGUGUAUUUAUGGUUUUGCCUGGCUGUUCUGGGCACAUGACUUAAGUGAACUGACUAGUCCGUGGCCUGUAGAGGGACUGUUCAGUCACUGUGUGGCUGCACAAGUUUGAAUGAAGGUAAAGGACUCUGUUUUCAGAAUUCCCCCAUCUCUCUCAAACCCUCUGCUUUAAGAGAUUGUCUUGUUACAUCACCCAGGGUUACCUAGUGUCACACACAUGGGCGUGUCCCUGAGAUUUUAUUGGGACAGCUCAGUUUCUCCUCCCUGAUCCACUCCAUUUGGCUUCCUGACAUGUCCAUCAUCUCAGUUUCACGCCUGACAGUCCUCCUGUUGAUCAGUCUUUCCAAGUUCACCACCUUUUCUGGAACUUCUCAUGGCCUGUUGAAAUGUCUGGGUUUUUGUUGUUGUAUUAAUUUCCCUCCUGGGUUAUUCCCGUCAGCGUGCUGCAGAUAAACCUACAAUUUCUAGAGACUCCAGGACAGUGCUAGGGUAGGUGGGGGGCCAAUUUUAAAACUCUCCUGUUUUGUUUCGAAAACUGAAGUGAUAUCAGGUUGCGUGAAGAUUUUGGAGUUAUCACUGAUUUGGAGCAAGUGCAGAUGUAUCCCAGUGUCUCACACGCAGAGGAAGCUUUAUUCAAUAACAAUUGAUACACUCAAGAAGGGCCAUGUGUUUCUGCUGGGGAGGGUGCAAAUUCUGCCAACGCGCAUAACCUCUGGCAGAAGGGGGAAGACUGGAUUAGAGUUGGGAAGGGAAAUGUAGGAUGUCAGGUGCAAGUUAAUUGAAACAUUUUUCUGAUAUAUUUAUAAUAUGAAUUCUGUUAAUUGCUGUUUAUCACAAAUUAAUUAGAACUGGGCAGCGUGUGGGUUUAUUUGCUUUCAGAAUUGAGAUUGGUCAACUUAACGUCAAACUGUGUCAGCUUCAGGGAUACAGCCAGACUAGGGGGUGGGGGAAUUCCAGGAGCUGGGCUUCUGCUAGUUCCCAAUUGAAUGUGUUUUGAUGUCUUCAAUUGUUGUGCAACAGUAAAUAAGGUCAACUCCAAGGUACAGGAGGGAGUAUCCCUGUUUUUAUUUUGAUUUCUGAAGUAAGUUGGGGCAGGGUCCUGUAUGGGGUGGGGGAAGUAAUUUUAACAAGACCAUGGCAUUGGCUGUUUCAGGAGAGAUGUUGAUCUUUCUGCAGGUUCUGAGUUACAUUUUCAUCUGAGAAGAAAAUCUUGUUUUUUUUAUUAUUCAUUCUGGGGUUGUGGGUUUUGUUGUCAGUGCUGGGGUUUGCUGUCCAUCUUUAAUUUCCCUUGAGAAUUGCAUGGCGUAGAGAGACACAAGGAGUAAACGUUGUUCCCAGAUGUUGCCUCCAGUAGGGUAAUUGACAAAGGAAAGUUAUCUCGAUGUCAUGAUUGUUCUUGUGUGAGUACAGCAGUACUUGUGUAAACAUGCAGGAUUCUGCUACCUGUUGCUUUAACAAGUAUUGCUGGGGCAACAGAAUUAAACACUCUGCCUCUCCAUGAGAGAUUAUAACAGCCAGCGGCAGAGUUGGACCCUGCCCGUUCACCAGUACGAUAUGAGGUACUUUAAUUAAAAAAUUGUCAUCAGAGGCCCCAGUCUGUCUUGUCAGACUGUGCAAGCUAACUUGACAUCUUCUGGCCCUCUGAUAUCCUACAGGUCCCAGUGGUCAACCACAUCUUUGUGACAUUUCACCUGUUGGUUGGAUGUCCCCAUUUGGAGCAGACAUUUGCUUUACAGGUUGAAACACUGGAAUUUCUUGUACUCCACCACUUACACAGCUGUUAUGAUCAGUAAAUUAAUUUAAGAUUCUGUUGAUUUAAGAGAUUAGCAAAUCCCUCAAUUCUCGAAUGUUUUCAAAGGAGUUUGGGCAAACUUAAUGAGACAUUGUGAUGUAAAUUUCAGUAGGGGCUAGGUGGUUGCUUCUCUUGCAGAAUUGUCUGUGUGUGUGUGUGUGUGUGUGUUUCACCUAUACUUUUGCGUUUCUCCCUCUCCCCCCUUACAUGACAACACACCACAUCCCCCACCCCCAUCCAAAACACACUGGGAAGUACCCCUGUGUAGAUUUAGAAUUUUUUUUGUUAAAUAUAUCCUGAUAUAAGGACAUAAACUGUUGAACUGGGGGUAGCCUGGUUAGCUGCUCGAAUACAAUAUUAAUUUGCCACCAGCUCCACAGAUGGUCAGCAUACAUCAUGCUUUACUUUAAAACAAAAAGAAAUUGAUGUGAAGAAUUUUGAGUGUUGAUGAUUAUUUAAAGGCUUAUUUCAGAUGAACUAUUAGUUUAAAAGAAGACCCUGCCUGGGAGUAGGCGCUGGAGUCCAGUUAGGAUAAUUGUAAAUGUAUGAUUUGGCUAUUAGGCUUUCAGUAUUCUCUUUGAAACCAUUUUCACGUUGAGGGGGUGGGCAGGGACAAGUGUUCCAAUACUGAAUGAUUGGAGGUCCCCACUGUGAAAACUCAUUUCUUGAAAGAACCGUUGUGAAUGUUAAUUUUCUUCACACUUUUGGGCAUGGUUUCAUUAUUCUGAUCGGCGCCAACUCUGUGUCCACGUCUUCAGUCUUUAUCCCUUUUUUCUCCCCCUCAAGUAAACUCUCCAAAUUAUGUAAAAGCAAAAUAUUGUGGAUGCUGGAAAUCUGAAAUAAAAAGGGUGCUGGAAAAAAUAGUGUGUCUCUCCAGCACUUUGUUUUUAAUCUCCAAAUUAUGUUCCAUUUUUCUGUUAGAACAAUACAAAAUUUUGCCUUUUAUUUUGGCAGCUUUAAGUGUCUGUGAUUUCAAACAGACCCAAUUUCCAGUGUUAAUGAAAUGACAGCAUUAUCUAUAAACCUCAUUAUGGAACCCGGAGCUUUUUUUUAAACAGCGAUGGUAUCCUUUUUUGUUGCUCUGUGUUGGAAUGGUCUUUUUGCAAAAGUUGGACAGCAAGUGUCAACAAGCUAUUUGACUGCAGAAUGCUUCACGUGAACCUGGUUCUGACCUUGUUUGGUGCCCAGGUUCACCUCUCCUAUCAUUAGGAGAAGAUAGGAGCUGGGAUCCUGCAGGACUUGCACCUUUUUUUUAAAUUUAAAGUCUGUGCCAAUGAAACACAAGAUUUAUAUAAUAUAAUCUCAAUUAUCAUUUGUUUUUGCCUAAGGAUUGAGGCUGUAAGGGUUAAUGUCAAUCAGGAUGGAGUUAGCUAAUUUCAGUGGGGCUUGGGAUAGGUUAGGGGAGAGGGGCAAAACUGCCUUUUAGCAGGAGAGGGGAAGGAUGUGUUACAUAAGUGAUUCAGAAUCAUGCACUGCAGGAUCGCCUUCAACAUUUUAUUUACUGAUAUCUGCUAAAGGUACAAGCAUCCCCUACUCUGAGGGUAUUUAACAUGACGGCUGGGCGCAGGUUGAUGGAGAAAUAGUGCAGUUGCUGUUUUCUAACUUUCUUAUCAGUUAGGAUUACAGUUGCAAAUCUUCACCAGUGCCACAACACCCACCACCCUCCCUGCCAUCCUCUUUGACAGCCUGUAAACUCUAAUCUCUUCUCCUGUUAAAUCCUGGUCCUUAAUUGGACUUUAUGUGGCCCCUUUGGAGUUGGAUUUGUUAGUAAAUACUUUGGCAGAUUUACAAUGAGAUGUAGAAUGUUUUCCACCUUAAGGCCCAAUCUGUCUGAAAAUGUGGACUGAAUGCUGCACCUUUUCUAGUUUUAAAUUUUUUUAAAAAUAAUUUUCUUUCCUUCCCUUCAAUGUUUCUUUCCCUCCAUUUUCCUGUUAGCCUUAAGUUUCCUAAACCCCCUUCACCUCCAUCCAAUCAGUUCACCUCUCACCCCUCCCUCCCUUUUCAUUCAUAUCUUCAUGAAUUUACACUCUUCCACAUUGUGUGCCAUUUGUGAAAAAUAAUGUGCCAAUUAUUAUCAGAGUUCAUUAAUUGUCAUUUUUAAAACUUGAGUUUGUUGUUGCCUUAAUUAGUUUGGUUGGGAUGCUGCAGAGUAAUUCUGUACUUAACCCUUCCCUGUUCUGGGAGUAUUUAAUGGGGACAGUGCAGAGGGAGCUUUACUCUGUAUGUAACCCCUUGCUGUCCCUGUCCUGGGAGUGUUUGAUGGGGACAGUCUGGAGGGAGCUUUAUUCUGUAUGUAACCCCUUGCUGUCCCUGUCCUAGGAGUAUUUAAUGGGAACAGUAUUGGGAGAGCUUUACGCUGUAUCUAGCCCUUUGCUAUCCCUGUUGUGGGAGUGUUUGUUGGGGACCGUGUAGUGGGAAUUAUUUUCAUCUGAAGAAACUUAUGGUAGCGGCUUGGAGAGAUAUCCAGUGACCUCUUUAAUUUAAUUAUGUUUUGUGGAGAAAUUGAAAAUGGCAACAUUGCUUUUGUUUUAACGAUUAGAUGAGUGUAGCAGUUGCAUGCAGCAGUUUGAAAGCACAUGGUUAGCCUCCCUGUGUGCGGAGCUCCCAUUUGAAUGACCUGAGAGCUUUGCUGAAUUGUAUCUUUUAUCGUUGAAGUACAAGGGGUCCCCCAUUUAUUAACGUCCAACUUCGGAGUGUGAUCCCAUACAAGGAUGUAAUUUUAAAUAUCCAACCUGUGAACAUUUUCUGUACUUAUGAACAGCUGCUUUAUACUGUCCUGCAUCGUGUUCCGACUUCAAACAGACUCAGGAAUGGAGCACGUUCACAUCUGGCAUUGACUGGACAGUCCAGGGUUUGCUCUCUCCAGUGAUCACUCAAGUUGUCUCCUUAAUUCAAACAUAAGCCACUUUUGAUUGAAAAUCCUGUUCUGGAAAGCAGUAGCAGAAAUAAUCAUCUCCAAUGUUGCUUCUCUCUUUCCAACAAAGAUAGUCAAUAGUCCUUCCUAAAUGUGUGCCACCCAUUGAAGCCCUAUCCCAUUCUAGUUUCAAGUUUGGUUUGACUUCUCCCCCUCAGAACCACUUCUUGUCAGGAACUCUUUCUAGACUGAGGAAUUCCUAAUUUCAAUCCAAAACUUGCCUUGUCAGACUACUGAAGCUGUUAUUAGUUUUGUUGCAGUUUGAUUUUAUUGACCCCCUUUGCUGUUCAUUUGUGGCUGGUGGAUGCCUGUUGUGGCUUCUCUGCAGAGAUGCCGCGGGUGUAUGAAAGGAGAAGCGACGAUUGAGUUUCAUGCUGUGUCCGCAGGAACUUUGAUCAGGAUGCAGUCAUUCCUCAGUGCCCGAAGAACAGCUGCCUCUGUAUUUAACCAGAAGCCUCUGUUUUCCCAGUGGAGGUGUUGGAUGUUAGUGAGAUUCAGAGUAUAUUGUGCCAUUCCAUGUUAGUGCCACUAUGAUUGUAAUUCAGGCAAAAGUUUGGGGUGAUAGUUGCCUGUUAGAAAUCAACAUUAAUUCCGAGUGCGUGUAUUUUGUUAUUGGGGUGAGCAACCACUUCAAUGCUCUCGAUUCGCCUGUGUACUACUAACUAGAACACUCUGAGUCGGCAGAUUCAGCGAAUACACACGAAUCCAGGUGUUUAAAGGGAUACUGUCUCUUUUCAGCUGAUAUUAAUUCUACCUUGAAACAAAAAAAUACUGAAAAUCUCUCGAGCUCCCCCACCUCUUCCCCCACCCCCAACACACCGCACCACACCACAAAAACCUCGCCUUUCUAACUGUGUCUCGCACCCUAACAUUCCUGCAGGGGGGAGGUCACAGAAAACAGUGUAUUGCCCUCGCAGUGUUCCCUGAGUUUGGAGGGGGUUGGGUGGCGGGGGGGUAGGAAGAAGAGAUGGGGAUGUGAAGCCAUCACAUCCUGCCUAUGCUUUUUUCACCUGCAGACCAAGAUGAUUGUAUAUAUAAUAUUGAAGAGAGGUCUCAUCGAUUUGUUAUUCUGUUUAAAAGAAGGUUUGUUUUUGGAGAGGAUAUUUUCAGCAGUUAUGUUCCAGGGGGCCUUAACCUGCGAAUCAUUCAAAAAUAAAGUAACUGUCAAUGUUCUGUCAAUAAUGAAGGAUGGUGAUUGAAAGUACUGUGACUUUUGAUGUCUCCCUUCGCUGUACAAACCCAAGCUCCUUCUCUUAAAAACAAGUGAACAUUUUUGUACACAUUUAUAUUAAGCUAUUUAUUAAACAAAAUGUUUUGUAAUAAACAAAAAUCUUAAAAGAA